GCUUGACCUGUUACUGAAAAUAUACCUAGCACAAUAAAGGUUAUACGAUUGUACCAGUGCCAGUGAAACUGUGAAACAUUCAAUUCUGAUCUUGAUUUCGAGCGCAGUGCACGACCACCGACCAUGCAUUCUAAAACUAUUUUACCUUUAAUGUUAAUUAGUUUAUUUAAAUUGUAUUAUUGUGUAGAAGACGUGAUCCCUCCUCCAGGGUCAACGUUUUAUUUCGCUUACGGCAGUAAUUUGUUAACCAAACGGUUGCAUCUCAACAACCCAUCGGCGGUUUUCUACAGCAUCGCCAAACUUGCGGAUUACAGAUUAGAUUUUAAUUAUCAAAUGGAAGCCUGGCAAGGCGCCGUAGCUACUAUUGUAGAGGACAAGGAUGCCCACGUUUGGGGCACCGUUUGGACCAUGGAUACUGACCAACUGCAUUAUCUAGACGAUCAAGAAGGUGUAGCGAUCGGUUUGUACUAUGCCAAGAACGUGACUGUGACGACACCUAGCGGCCAGCAGUUAGUAGCCCGCACUUAUAUAGAAACCAAAAACCCUGAGAAAGCUGCAAACGGCACGGACAUCCCAAUGGAAAGACGCCCUUCUAAUACCUACCUCGAGGUCAUCGCACUUGGUGCAAUCGAAUCCCACCUUCCAGCUGAUUACAUAGGUUAUAUUUUCUCUUUUCCAACAAAUGGAAAAAUGGCUAGCAAGACUAGAAGAGAAGAGUUAGGAUAUCCUUUUUAAUAUAUCUCCAAAAACAUUGCCUAAUACCUAGGUAACUCCUGUGAUAUGCACCUAAUAAGUACUAUAAAUAUGUGUAGGUAGGUACAGACUAUACCUAACACAUCAGGCUACCAACUGAUAAAACUUAUAAUAAUAAGUAUAUAAUACUUUAGUAAUAAGUACUCGAAACGGCGCAUCGUAAGGCUUCUGUCUCUGGAGCCCUAACCACCGGUAGCUUGGGCCAAGCUCCCGUUACUGGUCGGCUCCUAUUUUUAUAUUUUAAUAUAUUGUGUUUCUGAUUUUUUAAGUAGUAUUUACUUAACUGACUAAAAUGUAACAUCAGAGAAUUAUAAAUAUUUCCAUUUCAAUAAUUGACUAAAAGCGAUGAAAAGUUUUGUAUAAGCAUGUUGGUAUAAGCACGUUUCGUUGAAAAGAGUAACUUGGUGUGCUAGUGACUGUACAUUACCUACUUUAUUAAAUAAAUAAAAUUAGAUACUUAAU